CUUUCUUCCCCUCCCGCACGCACAGUUCGCCAUCUUUGUCGAGGAUGGGGAUAGUCGAUUUAUUCUUAGAAAUCCGCUGGCUCAUCGCCGGCGGUCUAUUUACCUUCUAUAUUGUGAAAAAGAUACAAACGUAUAAUCGUCUACGUCACUUCAAUGGCCCAGUUAGCUGUCGAUUCACCAAUUUCCUGCAUACCAAGGCGGUCCUCAGCCUGGAGUGCGAAAGAUGGUAUAAAGAAAUGAAUGACCAGUACGGCUCGAUCGUCCGCAUAGGCCCAAAUGCACUCCUCACUUCGUCGCCGGAGUUAUGGAUACACAUGAAUGCUGUCCGGUCACCGUAUAAAAAGUCCGACUGGUAUUACCACACUGCUCGGUUCAAACUGGGCGAAGAUAACGUCUUUACUGAAACGAAUACCGAGAAGCAUGAUAGGAGGCGAAAGCAGAUGUUGAUGGGAUAUUCCGGGAAGGAAAACCUGUCGCUGGAGUCCGACAUCGAUCUCCGAGUGCAAGACUUUUUCGAUCUAAUUCGCAAUCGAUACUUGUCCACCGAAGACAACCCGAAGCCCAUGGACCUCGCGAAGAAAGUGCAAUACUUGACACUGGAUGUGAUCAGCACUGUCGGCCUGGGGAAGAGCUUUGGCAUGCUGAAGACCGAUACUGAUGUCAAUGAAUAUGCCAAGUCAACAGAAGAAGGACUCUUGCUAGCGAACUUCCUCAUGGGCACGGGUCUGCACUGGCUCACGCAGACUCAAUGGCUCGGGAAGUUUCUCGGACCAUCCACCAAUGAUUCGACGGGCUUCGGGAAGAUGAUGGCGACAGCUGAACAGAUGGUGGCAGAGAGACUCAGGAGCCCAACUAACUCGAAGAGUGAUAUGCUGGCUUCGUUUAUCAGGCAUGGACUUACCGGUGACGAACUAACGCAGGAGGCGUUUGAACAGAUCUUGGCUGGAUCCGACACCACCGCGUCAGGGAUCCGCGGUAUUUUCCUCUCCCUCUUUACAAACCCGAGGGUUUAUAAGAGGCUGCAAGCUGAGAUCGAUGAUGUGGUCCGGACUGGCGGGCCCCUUUCGCAUGGCAUCAUCUCCGACACCGAAGUAAGACGACUCGAAUACCUGCAAGCGGUUAUCCGGGAAGGAUUGCGGAUCUUUGUGCCCGUCGUCAACAUCUUCGCUAGAGAUGCACCUCCUGAAGGCGAUGAAGUAACUAUUAACGGAGAGUCUGUCUUUAUUCCUGGUGGUACUUGGAUUGGAUAUUCUGCGCUUGGUAUGCAUCUCAGCAAAGCCACCUAUGGGGAUGAUGCGGAGGUCUUCAGGCCAGAACGGUGGCUGAUUGACGACAAAGACCGUCUGGCAAAUAUGACCAGAGUUAAUGACCUAAUAUUCGGAUAUGGUCGCUGGAAGUGUCUCGGACAAACAGUUGCGCAGCUUGAGAUUGGCAAGAUCAUUUUUGAGGCACUGCGUAGCUUUGACUGGGCACUUGUCAAUGCGGAGAAGCCGUGGUGUAAAAAGAACGUCCUUGGACUCUUUGCCGUGACCGACAUGUGGGUUACAGUAACAGCGAGACAGAAGUAAGACUAUCCUAUGUCUCAAGAUAUUGGCGUGACGUGGUGAAGGAAUAUCAAAUAGGUAGUUGAGGUAUAAGCUAGUAAGCUAGUCCCACAUGUUUCCAACAAAGCAUAUAUAUAUAUCACCCGA